AUGAUUUUCUUUCAUUUACUUGAGUUUUUCGUCUUUUUAUUAUGUGGACAACAGAUUUUAGCUACAGAUCAACAUCAUUCUUCGACAACAAAUUUAGCUUUGAACAGGCAUGGUGGUGGCAGUGGUGGUGUAUCUUGUCACACAUUCGAACCUCUAUGUCCAGAUUUGAAUUUUCACUGGCAUGAAAAGAACGAAAACAUUAUGGAGUACACCAUGAACGUACUAUCUGUAAAAUGGAUGGCAGGUAAUACCUACCAGAUUACUAUCAAUGUUAAAGGUGCACAAAAAAUUGAUCUGAAAUAUUUGUGGUCUCUGAAAAUUAUCGGUAUAAACGGACCUCGAGGAACUCAUCAGCUUUAUGGUUUCAAUGAAAAUGUUUUUUUGAUUCAAGACCCAACAGACUACACAGCAACAUUUGAGGUAUAUGGUCACCCAGCCGUUGAAGAUCCCUGUAGAGUAUUAAUGCCUAGCUUUCAGAUCCAAUAUGAGUAUCACAAUAGACAUGGUGGUUGGAAAUGGGGAAAACAAACAUUUGAUUUGAUGACAGGAUGCAAUGCUGACAAUAACGGAAAUUCAAACGCCGAUUUCCCACUGUCGUAUUGGACAAAUAAGUGUGCCUCUUGUGAACCGACUAGUUCAAGUUCAUCGGUCCCAAGUUCUUCGGUCCCAAGCUCGUCCGUACCAAGUUCAUCAAUUCCAAGUUCAUCAAUUCCAAGCUCUUCUAUUCCAAGUUCUUCGGUUCCAACUUCUUCGAUUCCAACUUCUUCGAUUCCAAGCUCGUCUGUACCAAGUUCAUCAAUUCCAAGCUCUUCUAUUCCAACUUCUUCGGUUCCAACUUCUUCGAUUCCAAGUUCAUCGGUUCCAACUUCUUCGGUUCCAACUUCUUCGAUUCCAACUUCAUCGAUUCCAACUUCAUCAAUUCCAAGCUCUUCUAUUCCAAGUUCCUCGGUUCCAACUUCAUCGAUUCCAACUUCUUCGAUUCCAAGCUCGUCCGUACCAAGUUCAUCAAUUCCAAGUUCAUCAAUUCCAAGCUCUUCUAUUCCAAGCUCUUCGGUUCCAAGCUCUUCUAUUCCAAGUUCUUCGGUUCCAACUUCUUCGAUUCCAACUUCAUCAAUUCCAAGCUCUUCUAUUCCAAGUUCUUCGGUUCCAAGUUCUUCGAUUCCAAGCUCUUCGUUUCCAGGUCCAUCUUUAGCAACUAGAUCAUAUACUUUAACAAUCACUAGUACUGAGAAUGGUAUUGUCACCGAAUAUACGACAAUUUGUCCUGUCACACUAUCUGUGAAAUCUACUUUGGCAAAAGUUACUACUCUUGAGAACGCUGAAAUGGUAACUUACACCACUAAAUAUCCUGUUACUGUUCUGUCUUCAACAGGUACCAUAGUAGCUACUCAAUCGACUGCGCAGGUAACAUCUUUGACAACCACUUCUAUGACACAAAAAAGUCAAGCUACAAGCUAUACAGCUUUUCCGGUAUAUUCUGAAAAUAGCAAAUUUCCUUUUAUCACCUCUAUUUCCACUGCCGAAAGUUCUUUAGCAGAAACAGAAUCUAAACAAACUAGAAUCACCUCGACAUUUGCUGGCUCUGCUGCUAGUAGGACCAGUUCGGAAACCAUCUUAGUUGCGCCAGUAAGCUCAUCUGCUGUCUCGUUAUCAAACAAUGCCCUCUCAACAUCAGUUAUAUUGUCAGCUUAUGAAGGCUUUGCGAAUAGCUUAAGUGUAGGUUUUGGUGGAUUUAUUUGUUUUUUGACUUUUAUGAUCAUCUAA